AUGAACAGCCCACGAAUCACAAUCUCGUCUUCGCCACAGUCUCGUCUUCGCCACAGACUCGUCUUCGCCACAGACUCGUCUUCGCCACAGUCUCGUCUUCGCCACAGUCUCGUCUUCGCCACAGUCUCGUCUUCGCCACAGACUCGUCUUCGCCACAGACUCGUCUUCGCCACAGUCUCGUCUUCGCCACAGUCUCGUCUUCGCCACAGUCUCGUCUUCGCCACAGUCUCGUCUUCGCCACAGUCUCGUCUUCGCCACAGUCUCGUCUUCGCCACAGUCUCGUCUUCACCACAGUCCCUGUCUUCACCACAGUCUUCUGCUCACCACAUCUCGUUCACCACAGUCUGUCUUCACCACAGUCUCUGUCUUCACCGCAAGUCUGCUCCACCGCAGUCUCAAGCCUUCACCGCAGUCUUGUCUUCACCACAGUCUGCCUUCACCACAGUCUUGUCUUCACCACAGUUCAGUCUUCACCACAUUGUCUUCACCACAGUCCUGUCUUCACCACAGUCUUGUCUUCACCACAGUCUAGUCUUCACCACAGUCUCGUUCUCACCACAGUCUCGUCUUCACCACAGUCUCGCCUUCACCGCAGUCUUGUCUUCACCACAGUCUAGUUCACCACAGUCUGUCUUCACCACAGUCUCGUCUUCACCACAGUCUCGCCUCACCACAGUCUCGUCUUCACCACAGUCUCGUCUUCACCACAGUCUCGCCUUCACCGCAGUCUCAGGUUCUCACCACAGUCUCACUUUCACCACAGUCUCGUCUUCACCACAGUCUGCCUCACCACAGUUCAGUUCCUCACCACAGUCUCAGCCUCACUGCAGUCUCGUCUUCAAUUACAGUCUCGUCUUCUCACCACAGUCUUGUCUCUUUCACCACAGUCUAGUCUUCACCACAGUCUCUGUCUUCACCACAGUCUCUGUCUUCACCACAGUCUCUGUCUUUCACCACAGUCUCUGUCUUCACCACAGUCUCGUCUUCACCCACAGUCUUCUGUCUUCACCACAGUCUGUCUUCACCACAGUCUGUCUUCACCACAGUCUAGUUCCUCUCACCACAGUCUCUGUCUUCACCACACAGUCUCGUCUUCACCACAGUCUCGUCUUCACCACAGUCUCGUUCUCUUACCACAGUCUGCCUUCACCACAGUCUCGUCUUCACCACAGUCUUGUCUUCACCACAGUCUCGUCUUCACCACAGUCUUGUCUUCACCACAGUCUCGUCUUCACCACAGUCUCGUCUUCACCACAGUCUCGUCUUCACCACAGUCUCGUCUUCACCACAGUCUCGUCUUCACCACAGUCUCGUCUUCACCACAGUCUCGUCUUCACCACACUGAUAAAACUGACCAUUACCAAGAUCAAAUAUGUCUUCCCUUUGAGUGCCUAUAGAUGGUAG